AUGGGUGCGGAAGUUGUUGAUGAUGGGCUCCACGACGCGAGUCGAGCGAAAACCCCCAGUUCAAUCUCAACAAAAUACAAUCUAUAUCCUGGCAAUUCAGAUGAAGAAUCUUUGCUCCCAAAUACAAAUAGAAAUCACAUCGAAUGGAGCAAGACAAAUUGGCGUUCAAUCAGCAAUCUCCUCUUGGCGAUCUAUUCCACCAGUCUCUCCGCACUUUGGCUGUUCAUCGCUGUACUGAAACCUUAUUAUGGUAUUUGGAUCCGACCUGGUGGUCCCAUUCCCCCUUCGACGGCUUCCACUCUCUGUGCUUUGGUUGCGAAAAGCGUCGAGAUCGCGUCUGUUGCUACAUUCGUCAAUUUCCUAGGUCAAACGUUGAGUCGACGGUCGUUAGGAUCCAAGGGUAUCACUCUCGCUGACAUGUCUUUACGUAACUCGAUCGUUCAGCCUGGGUUUUUGCUUACACGUUGGAAAGACACGAUGUAUGCGAGUACGACGUUUCUGGGAAUGUUUUCGAUUCUUGCGGCUGUUUCCGUUCUCUUCUUUACAUCCGCUUCAGAUACAUUGGUCUCCCCAAGGCUGUCCUAUGGCCUUGCUCAUCCUGUUGUACUUCUCGGCAAUACAGAUAGCCUGAUGGGAGAUCCGGUUUCUGAUCAUUCCAAUCGGUGUCUGAGUCCUCUCCGGGAUGAUGUCGAAAAUGCAAAUGCGGAUCAAGAUGCAUGUACAGACAUCAUUGGAAGGACAAUGUUGUUCCACGAUUUUCACAAUUACCUCAAUAUGUGGGCACUUGCUCUAAACUCCAGUCAGCAGAUUCCUUCGUUACUUCAUGACCGUCCGCGGGUUCCUAGCUCUGUGGUCCCCGACAUGAUAAUCCAUGGCGCCUGGAGUGAAUCCCCGUGGACCAACAAAUCUUCAAGUCUCAAAAAGCACGGGCGUCUUAUCAACAAUGUCACGAAUACUAUGCCACACGUUAUGUUGCAUUUUGCCGCGCAAGACAAGAUCAAUCAAAUUCCCCAACCAUCAGGGGUGUCUGGGUUUGGCGAGCAUGUCAUUAAUGCGACGCUUCCCUCUCCAACGACCAACGUUCUGUGUGUCAACGCCAACGCGACCGAGUUAGCGCCACUAGUCUAUAGCGAAUUUCCUUAUGCAGACUGCGAACACUUAGAAGAGUUAGAAACUAAAUAUGACCCAAUAAGUUGGCUUAACAACGAUGGUGGUUUUUAUAACGAGACUCCGAUCAACUCAAUUUUCGAAUGGGGCAAAGCUUAUAACACAAAUGCUCCUGUCUUCCCGGUGUGGCCGCUGGACAACAAUGUGAUUCUGAGCGAGGGCAAGUUGCACUCUUCUGCAAAUCGGGCGAUACUUAUGAAAUCGCUCGGGACAGAAGAGUAUACAAUCUGCCGGAUUCAAAGCUAUCUUUCCACCACCUGCUCUGCAACCCAUGUCGUUACUGUAGGAAGUCACACUCUCGAUGCUGAAUGCCUGCAUGGAGCUCAUUCUGCACCAACCAGUAAGGUAUAUGAUAGACAAACAAACGACGAGGAAAAGACCGAUGAUGGCAAACAUACGCUUGAUGAGAUUGUGCUUGGAACAAUUCAAAAUCUUCUUUUCCCAAAUUACAAAGAGAGCCCGUAUUCUCCUUGGGCUGUGAAUCCGAGUCCAAGGAACGGCAACUCUUCGAUUGCGAGAAUGAUUUCUCAAUUCAGUCCAUUUGAUAAAUCCAACAGUACACAGCUACUAAGUACUAUGUCACCAUCUACGGCAGAGGUAAUCUCUGUUCUCAUCGCAGAUAUGCUAAUAGCGUAUACACUCAGUACACCGCUAAGCAAGGAUGACAACCUAAUUCAUGGUCAAUAUCAGAAGUUCAAUGCGACGCUGCGGCUCCAGCAAUAUGCUUCCGGGCCAAUGCUUGAUUGGCAUGGGAUGUUUUACACUGUACUGGCUAUAACUUGCCUUGCAAACGCGUUCUGUCUUUGCUAUUUCAUGGUCCGCAUGAAUCUUGUGGUGGACUUCACUGAUUCUCAGGAUGCCUUUGGUGUUGCUUUCACUAGUGCCCCAGGUUUUGCUCAUAGACGAGCCGGCAAAGAUGCAGUUCAUCCACUGCAGCGAAUUGAGAAAUUAGUGCUACGCCCAGGUCCCAACGAUUGCUAUAGAUUUCAACUUGCCACGGAGAGAAAAUCUGAUGACGAGAUUGAGUUGUUUCAAAAGCGUACUGACUCAGCUUGCUAUAUCAAUUCGCCAUCUGCAAAGCACUUUGCUUCUGGUUUUAAAAAGACUUCCUGA